CACUGCCUCUGUCCAUUGGGAUCUACACUCGCUUGUAUCCUUAUCUAUAUUAAUACCAUCUUCUGCCAUCUAUCAGCCUCUUAAUACUUUUUGCUUUUUACUUCUGUUUCCACUCCCACCUUCACAAUGGAAGCCAUCAAGAAUGUCCUGCACAAUGGCACCAAUGGCCACUCCAACGGCUACACCAAUGGCCACGCCGAGCCUUCGUCCGAGGCCGUUUCCCAGCUCAAGGACAAGUACACCAAGGCUGACCAGGGCCAUGUCUUCACCUUCUACGACUCCCUGAGCACUGCCGACAAGGCUGCCUUCUUCGAGCAGCUCUCUGGCUUUGACCCAGCCCACAUCAACCAGAUCGCCGACCGAGCCCUGAACCCGCCCCAGGUCGAGGAGACGGCUACCAAGCUUGAGCCCCUCCCCGAGUCCGCUACCGCCAGUAUCCUUGACUCGAGCCCGGUCGACAUCAACAAGUGGUAUGAGUCCGGCCUUGACCUCAUUGGCAGCAACCAGGUUGCUGUCGUGCUCAUGGCUGGUGGCCAGGGAACCAGACUGGGAAGCUCUGCUCCCAAGGGCUGCUUCGACAUUGGCCUGCCCUCCCACAAGCCCCUCUUCAAGAUCCAGGCUGAGCGUAUCCGCAAGGUCGAGCAGCUGGCUGCCAAGAAGGCCGGCGUUGACAAGGUCGUCGUUCCCUGGUACGUCAUGACCAGCGGACCUACCCGCAAGCCCACCGAGGAGUUUUUCGCCGAGAACAACUUCUUUGGCCUGCAGAAGGAGAAUGUCAAGAUCUUUGAGCAGGGUGUCCUGCCUUGCAUCUCCAACGAGGGCAAGAUCAUUCUGGAGAGCAAGGGCAAGGUUGCCGUCGCCCCUGAUGGCAACGGCGGCAUCUACCAGGCUCUCAUCGUUUCUGGCGUCUUGGACGACAUGCGCAAGCGCGGUAUCCAGCACAUCCACGCCUACUGUGUUGACAACUGCCUUGUCAAGGUCGCCGACCCCGUCUUCAUCGGCUUCUCUGCAUCCCUCAACGUCGACAUUGCCACCAAGGUCGUCCGAAAGCGUGAUGCCACCGAGUCUGUCGGCCUGAUCCUCACCAAGAACGGCAAGCCUGACGUUGUGGAGUACUCCGAGAUUGACAAGGAGACUGCUGAGGCUCGCGACCCCAGCAAUGCCGAGCUCCUCAAGUACCGCGCCGCCAACAUUGUCAACCACUACUACUCCUUCAGCUUCCUGGAGAGCAUCCCUCUGUGGGCUCACAAGCUGCCCCACCACGUCGCCCGCAAGAAGAUUCCUGCCACCGACCUCGAGUCUGGAGAGCUGAUCAAGCCUGCCAAGCCCAACGGCAUCAAGCUCGAGCAGUUUGUCUUUGACUGCUUCCCUCUUCUCGCCCUUGACAAGUUUGCCUGCAUGGAGGUCAACCGUGCCGACGAGUUUUCUCCUCUCAAGAACGCCAGCGGCACCGGCCAGGACGACCCCGAGACCAGCAAGGCUGACAUCAUGAACCAGGGCCUUCGCUGGGUCCAGGCUGCCGGUGCCACGGUUGUCUCUGAGGGAGGUGUCGAGGUCUCUCCCCUCAUCAGCUAUGGUGGUGAGGGACUGGAACAUCUCAAGGGCAAGACCAUCACAGCCCCCGCUGUGCUGGAGCUGGAGUAAAACGAGGGAGAAGGGAAAAGAAAAAUAUUUUGUGAAUUUUCGUUUUUUGAUAUCAGCGUUGGUUACCACUAGAGUAAUGUUUGUAACAUGGGCAUGGAUGAUUUUUAUGGAAGCCGAGGGCCUUUGUGGCGGACAGGCCAUAUCUAGUCUGUCGAGCAAUCUGCAGACGAUUAUAAAAAGGACUAGACAAAGGACAAAGAGUUGGGAUACAUAGAUAAUGCGGUCCAUCACUGUGGGGGUCGUCGUAUUAUAUGUACGACUCCUGCUGUAUGAUGAUUGUUUGAGAUACUUGUCUCAGAAAUGUAUUGCCUCUAAAUUAUUUUCGCAAAUUCUCUUGCACGUUUGAUGAAUGUCAUUGAAUUUAUUUCUACACUCGUCGUCUGUUGGGACUAGGUUUUUGUGCUCCAAUUCAAAAUUGUAUGUCUGAUAUAGGGAUAUAUACGCCUUCUAUUCUAUGUAUAUGCUAAGUCCACAACCUUGUCCUACUCCAACUCAGUCAGGUACUUCUCCGCCUCCAAAGCAGCCAUGCAUCCAGUUCCGGCACUGGUAAUAGCCUGGCGGUAUCUCUUGUCCUGGACGUCACCAGCGGCAAACACACCGGGGAUGCUCGUCUCCGUGGUGCCGGGCUUGGUGAUGAUGUAGCCCUCGGAGUCGACGUCGACCUGACCCUUGACUAGGUUGGUGGCGGGGUCGUGGCCCACGGCGUAGAAGAGGCCGUUUGCCUCGAGCGUCUCCUCCUCGCCGCUGACGACGUUCUUGACGACGAGGUGGCUCAUCAGGCCCUUGUCGUCGCCCUUGACCUCUGUGGCGACCGAGUUGAAGCGCACCGUCACCUUGGGGUGCUUGAGCAGCCGCGUGGCCAUGGCCUUGCUGGCGCGCAGCUGGUCGCGACGCACCAGCACCGUGACGUGAGAGCCGUACUUUGUCAGAAAGGUGGCCUCCUCGGCGGCGGAGUCACCGCCACCAAUAACAAACAGCGGCUUGUUGCGGAAGAUGGGCACGGCGCCGUCGCACACGGCGCAGGCGGAGAUGCCGUUCUGCCAGUACUUGUCCUCGCCGGGGAGGUGCAGGCGCCUUGCGGAGGCUCCCGUCGCGAUGAUGACGGAGUCGGCCGUGUGGGUCUCGUCCGGGUUGAACUCUGUGCUGAAGGAAAAGGGCCGCUGGGAGAGGUCCAGCUUGGUGACGGUGUCGGUGACGAUUUCGGUGCCGAAGCGCUCCGACUGGGCGCGCAUGCUGUCCAUGAGCUCCUGGCCCAUGAUGCCCUUGGGGAAGCCGGGGAAGUUUUCGACUUCGGUCGUGGUGGUGAGCUGGCCGCCGGCGGCGGUGCCGUUGGCCAUGAAGCCUUCGUAGAGGACGGGCUUCAGCUCUGCUCUGGCGAGGUAGAUGGCAGCGGUAUGGGCCGCGGGGCCGGAGCCAAUGACGACAACUUUGCUGUGCAUCUUUCGGGCUCCUUGUUCAACAGGUGUCUUGGAGGGGUUCUUGGUAAACGCGGUGGCGGCAGCGGCAAUCGAUAGCCCGGCACUCGAACGAAGCGUUCGUCGGAAACUUGAGGCGAACAGGUUGGGCGAUUUUUCUAUAAGGAAUAGGGAGAAGAGAGUAAAAAAAGGAGUGACGUCGAAUGGGAUACU